AACCGGAGUGUGCGUCAUCUUAUUUCGUCCGGGUAUAACGUGCGACACGUUUGUUGAUAGCAGGAUAGAUGCGUUUACUUAGAAGAUUUAUCACUUUACAUGAAAUAUUUAUUAUUUUUUAAAGCUCAUAUGAUGUUACAACCCAACGCGGUACGAUACCAAAGUGGUAGGAGCUCAUUCAGGCUUUGAAAAGAGUUUCAUCUGUCAGUAAACAUGGAGCCAAAUGACUCCCCGUACUCUGAGUUUCUAGACUGGGAACCUGAUACUGCCAAAUCUAAUGGACUUAAACAAGAGAAACAACUUUCAGCCUCACAAAGAAGAUAUUACAGCUUUUGCAGGAGGAAGGUAAGCGGGAAGAAAUCACUUUUCUUUCGAGUGAGGUUGUAUGACUGGGGGGAGUCCAGAGUUAAUGGUAGGGGAGAGUAGGGUAAGUUGAGCCACCCCCUGUUGCUUGAAAAUGGUCAAAGAAAUUGAUCAUGUGACCAAAUAUUUAGGAGAUGGGCAUCAAUUCAUGGAGUCUGUGAAGAUUAGAGGCACAUGAGUGAAGGGGUUAGACAUUUAUUUCCAAAAAAACAAAUUUUUCACUCUUGGAAGUGAAUUUAGUCUAUUAUAAGUUUGAUUAGAAUUGUGUUCAGACCAAGUAGUAGGGAUACGGCUCAACUUAACCCGCUCCUAUGGUCAACUCACUCCAUACAAGGGGUAAGUCGACCAGAGGAGACCAGUUUUUUUGGCAUGGUACAUUAUCAAGACAGUUCUGUUUACACUCAUUCUGUUGGUUUGCAGGGAUGAACGAAAUCUUGAAAUAUAUGCAGAUACACUAGUUAGAGACAAAACUCAGAUUGAUUUGAUGUAGUGAUCCAAAACAUGAAAAAUGUCUCAUCUUACCCCACUCUCAACAAAACAGUUAGCCUGUCAGAAUAUUGGAUAAUGUCUUCUGAUACCCACUUAUAUGAGUAUUUUUACCAUUUAUUUUAUUUUUGUUUUGUGAAUAAACACAUUUGCAAAAAUAAUCUGUAUUUCAUUUGUCUAUUUUUUUCAGUCAUUUGCUGCUUUUGUGGCAUCAAAGCAGGACAGCAGUCCAGAGGAAGGGGACACGUUGUGGUGCUGCUGUGGUGAGACCUUCAGGGAACACUCGUCCAUUCACAAACACGUGGCCAGGACUCAUGAUGCUGAAAUGCAGCAGCUCACACGGGCCACAUAUGAGUGUUUAUUGAGUCAGCUGGAAGAGGAACCUGAAACGCAGUAUGGGAACAAGCGUGAAGCCGAGCAAGUGGAUGUCUCUGCGUGGAUCCCUGAAACUGGACACAUUUCUGAGGAUCAGCUUCAAAAGUAUGGUUCAAACUUUUCUUCUGCUGUCUUGUUUCUGUUACCACCCUACAACUUUUUGUAUUAUCUGAAAUGAAAGCCCAGCUGAUGUCUCCUGUUAUACUUUUUCUCUGCAGGGGUCCAGGAAAAGUUCUCCUCUACUAUCACUACUGUCAAGUGGACGAUCCACAUGUCAUCUGUGCUUGGCAGAAAGCCUUGUGUGAGAAGCUUAACUUAACUGGCAAGGUGAAUAAAUCGAUGGAUGUGGAAAACAAUGAAAAAUAAUUUUGGGAACAAGACUUUGAAAUAUGCUUUCAUACAUAAAAAAGAAGGAUAAUGAAUUUGAUUGACCUGUUGCUGAUUAUAUGCCAUUGUGUUUUGAUCAGGUUAGAGUGGCGACUGAAGGCAUCAACGGGACAGUCGGUGGCACCAACAUGGCCACCGACAUGUACAUUGAAGCCAUGUGUUUACAUCCUCUGUUCAAGAUGGAGAGGGAAGAUUUUAAGGUACCUCAUUUUGAAUGAUCAAACAUGAAAACAUGUCAGAGUACUCAGUGAAACAAGAAUUGUAAAAUUUUACAGCCAUAAAGUACUUUAACUUUUACCUGUUGCUGAAUCAGUGAUUUAAUUUCUCUCUUUUUGUGUUUGUGUGUGUGAUCAGACAAGUGAUGGUGGCGCAGAGUGUUUUACUGAUCUCAGGGUGGGAGUCUAUAAGGAAAUUGUCCCAAUGGGGGUGGAUCCAGACGUAAUCUCUUACAAACUGGCAGGUAAGAGCAAAUUAAAAUCUUCAUAUAACUCGGUUAUUUCUCAUUUAGUUUUUCUUAUUUAUCCACCUGUUUGUUUUUAUAAAUGUUUGUAUUUGGUAUGGUGGUCUUUAAAGUUACUCAAAAGUGAGUCUUUCCUCUCAGGAGUUCAUUUGGAGCCGAAGGAGUUCCACAAAGAAGUGGAGGCUCUUUUGUCUAACGAAGAUUCAUGCAAAGACACCAUCCUCCUGGACUGCCGCAACUUCUAUGAGAGCAAAAUCGUAAGUGCCACAUAAAUGUUUCACAGAAAAGAGGAACUAAAAAAUGUUUUCCAGGUUGUAUACACUGAUUAAUUUUAUCUUUUGGCUGUUCUCCUGUUAGUGUUGCACCAGGUGUUUUAAAGAAAAGGUGCUGUUUAAUCGGUAGCUCUCAGAAAAUUUGCCGAUAAUGCUUUUAGACCAAAUUAAUCCUGAUCGUUUUCACUCCAGGGACAGUUCACACAAUGUCUGGCCCCAGACAUCCGCAAGUUCAGCUACUUCCCAGACUACGUCGACCAGAACCUUGAACUGUUCAGAGACAAGAAGGUUCUGAUGUACUGCACAGGAGGGAUCCGCUGUGAGAGAGGCUCUGCUUACCUCUGCUCAAAAGUAAGCUUGCAAAUCCUGGAUGUGGAUUGAAAAAAAUGCCGCAUUAAUUGAUCAUUUUUUCAUUUAAGACUUCUUAUUAAAUUAUUGUCUCACACUUGCUGGUUUUGGAUUCUCCACUAGGGGGAACAUGUAUCACUAGUUUAUUGGAAAUUGUAGAUGUUAUUUUUUUUCCACCAUGCUUGUAGGAUGUGUGCAAAGAGGUUUACCAGCUGAAAGGUGGAAUCCACAAGUAUCUGGAGCAGUUUCCAGAUGGUUUUUAUCGUGGGAAACUUUUUGUGUUCGAUGAACGCUACGCCAUCUCCUCCAACAGUGACGUCAUCUCAGGUUUGUCAGUCACCAAGUCUUUUUUUAAGCAUAUUGAGUAAUAAGUUCCAAUUUUAAAGACUAUCUCAAAGCCCUAAUAUUUACUAGAUGUUGUGAUCAGGAAUGUAUACGGAUAAAAAGUCUGUGUUUCUGUUUAGACUGCAGGUAUUGUGCCUGUCCCUGGGAUCAGUAUAAGCUCUGUACCACACAGUUCUGCUGUCAGCUGGUCCUGUCUUGUCCCGGCUGCAGAGAGGCCGGACACACGGCCUGCUGCCCCACCUGCCAAACCAAAGGACAGGCUCAGAGUGAGAACUCACCUGUUCCGCAGCAUCAUAAAGAGGAGUGUGAAUGCACAGGUGGACGUCCCAGAAUUCCUCAGGAUGUGUAGUAAUAUGACAAAAUAAUACUGUUGGUCCAGGGAUAUGAAACAAAACUAUUAUUGAUGUAAAAUUCCAGUUUACUUUUAAGUCAUGAAUUUUUAUGAGAAUGUUGGAAAUGGUGACUUAUUAUUGAUCAUUUUCAUUGAGUAUUUGUUAAAUUAAACAGUCUUGUCACAUUAGUUUGUAAAAUAUUGACGCAUCAUUAUUUAUGAAAACUUCAGUUCAGCAAUGUUAAUAUAUUGUGGUCGUGCCUUUUUCAGUAAAACGAGGAUCUAUCCCUUUUCCUUUUAUAAAUCAUUCCUUUGUCACAUAUAUUAUGUGUCCCAAUUUGAGUGUUUACAGCCUCACAUAUGAUUUAAAAGUGAUGCAACAUGACAAAUUUCUGUGUAAAAACUGAACCAAGAUUCAAAUGCAUACACACAAAAAAAAUGAAAAGUAACAUCAGU